ACUUCAGACCUGCAUCUUCCAAAUUCAACUCAACGUGAAUGAAAGUUUACAUAUCUUACCUACUUAAGGUAACCAUCGCAUCUACUCCUUACUACGGUACUUCCCAAUAGCAAAGAGCGCAGCGGAGUGACAACUGCAAUGGCAAGCUUCGCAGCUGAUAUGCAGGGCGCGACUCCUCCUGUUCUCCCCCCCAAGCCUGGCAGCCAUGAGACAAGUCGCAUUGCGACGCCGACCUCAUCAGGCGUACCUCCACCAUCUGAAGGCCGCAUACCUUCCAACACUGUAACUAACGCACCAGCAUCAAUUCCCGACCCAGGCGAGCAAUGGCUCCCUCAGAUUCUACAGGACAAGUCAAAACAAGACCUGGCUGAACUGCUUGGUAACCCAACUCUCCUCAACGCAUUAACGCACUCGCCUGAAUCCAUCCACCCUUCCCUGCUUGUAUCGCAUCAAGCUCUAUCCGCCGCCCUCAACGAAAACAUCGACCUAGCUGGCCAACUCACGGACAUGGAAGCUCGGCUAUCCCAUCAGCGCGCAUCGACACAGGCACGACUUCUCUCAACACACACACUCGAGCGGCAAUGGCGCCAGAAACAGUCUGACAUGGAUCACGCGCUGGCGCCCUUCUCACCAGCAGCGUUAUACCAGCAGUUAGGACAGGGCGUCCAGGAGCAGGCAUCGGUGUGCGAGGCUAUGGAGGAGAGUUUCCUCGACGGAGAGGGAGAAGGAGUAUCGGCGACGGAGAGGGAGGUUACUGAUUGGGUGCGUAAAUAUAGAGAGGCUAAAGUCCAGUACUAUUUGAGACAAGAGAGGAAAGAGAGAUGGGACGAGGGACGCGUCGGUGGAUGGAGAUGAAGAGUUCUAGGUGUUUACAUGGCGUGGGCGUUUGAUGCAUAACACUGUUUUAAUGAAAUUUCAGGUCUCCGGUCUUAACUGGUGUAGAUCACCGACACUCACGAAUCACGACGAGAAUCAUAUGCUGGACAUUUGCUUCAGCCUUGUAGACGAUUACCCCAGAUUCGUCCCCUUUGAGGUUAGACAUCGAUUUUGUAACACGACAAACUGUUACAUGCGAUAUAGCUGGGACGGAUAUGCCAUUGAAUACUGCUCACUAUCACCAACGCUCGUUUAUCCAAUAUGGGUAUCUAUGUUACUGACUUUGAAAGUCGCACAAACCUGCUAAUCCUCUUCAAUGGCGCCAUGAUUAAUAAAAAAAGACAAAGCUAGCGUCUUCCUGUCAUAGCGCGCUGAAAGGACUCUUCUUCAUAUCUGGGCUACGUGGGCUCAUGGGCAGAGCAAACAGAUCGUCGUCGUCAUCUCGCCGUAAAGGUCUCACAGGGGCCGAGGCAGCUGUUGUCACGUCGCCAUGUAGUGCAGCAUUCAGCGAUAUGGGACCUUUAGAUGCGUUGCUGGCCAUGGCCUCAUGGGACGACACAGCGAUAUCACGCCCUCUGGGUUGAAACGGAUGAGAUUGGCUAAUGGGACUCAUAAAGGUGUUCGCUUUUGAGAGAAGUCAGCUUGUGCACAGGGACUGAGAGCGAUGGAUCUCGAAUACCUGUCGUGCUCGGUGUUAGAUCAGCAGGUGAUGUGGCCAGCUUGAGACCUUUGAGCUUGUCCCCCAAGCGACCCGUAGGUGAACGAGUGGCUACAGGAAGAGGGAUGGAAUCACUGGGAAGUUGCGGCGUGUUGAUGAAUGUGUCGAGAAUCCAUUGCCUCUCGGCGAGGGCCAUCUCAACACCUACUCCCUCAGCAUUAUUGCGAAGCUCGUCGGCUACCUCCCGAUCUAUGGCUGCCAGGCGUUGGCGAGCCCAUAGUGUGUGCAGGACUCCCCGGUUGCCUGGAUCAGCGGCAAGGCCUGGUGGGAAGAUGGCCGGAAGUGGUUUGAGGGUCAGACUAGGUGAGCCAGGCGGCGUGAUAGUGAUGGUCGGGGGGACCGUGGCAUCAGCGGGGAGCAGGAAGAACACACGGCGACGCCGUUGGCGAGAUGAAGCCGCAGGAGCAGUGCCUGCACCAGAGUCUGGCUCAAGAUCAGUAGCAGGGAGGUUAGUAGAUUUCCCGGGCCACGACACUUGCCAGCAUGCUCUGUUGAUGCUGUCCACCGGAGGAGAGGCCGAAGCCGGCUCCGUUGCGGAGAUGCGAUCGGCAGCCGGAGCGGAUUGUUCACCGGGGGUGUCGGCAGGAGAAUUGGCAGAUGCAGCGGGGCCCGGAACGGCAUCGGGAUACCACUCCACCAUCAGAACCUUUGUACCAGCAUCGCUGAACUCGAAGCGGGCUAGGUGCUGAGCCUCCACAGAAGGGACGAUAGGGGCUUCACCGACAGCGGCAGAUGCAGAUGGGGUUCCAGGCCGAGAAGAGCCCGAAAACGGGUCAGUCGUCAUGGCUUAGGGCUACUUGCUCGUGCCGGGGGAAGCAAGAAGAUAACAAAGAAGAAAACGAUAUUAAACUCCUGGAUGAACGCUGCUGAAGAGUAUUGAGAUGGAGAUGGAAACGUGGAUUGGGAUGGGGAUUGAGAAGGCGGAGACGGGGUCGAAAUCUGGGAGGCACUUUUGAUCCUAGCCCGAUGGCUUUGUUUCGACUUCGUUCUAGGUAGGCUGUAGGCUCGCUGUGUGCGCUGCCUCUCUCCCUCCCUCUCUCUGUGCAACGGCUGGGUUAUUGCUGUCUUCUCGGCGACUUGGGCCUUUGCGUUUUUCGAGGGUCCCGCCCUUUCUCGGACCGAGACGAGGUUAUUUCGGUGAAUAGUAUAUUGGUUUAGUGAGGUACGGGAAGGAGCACCGGACACAUUCCGCAAUGCAGCCGGAACAGUAUCGGGUUCUAGCUAAGGUAUGUCAAAAUGAGUUGACUCUAAACGUCUCUGAUGAGGGUAGGCGACGAGUCAGAAGGGAGGAGACGGCGGUGGCGGUAGGUAGUGGCGGGGGAGUUGCCAGUUUCAGGACAUUGACAGAAGACGGAACAUUGGUUAGGUUGGGUUGAACACGAGAUGAGAUGGAACAUGACAUGACAUGGUUGUCAGCCUUUAUUUUUUUGAGCGUUUAUUACAUUAUUAGAGGGGAGAAGUUUGAGGGGAAAGAAGUGGACUGAACGCGGGAUGGGACGGAAUGGACUUGGGGAAAUGCUGUGGACGCGUCUACCUACCUCCAUUCAACAUUUGGGUAGGUAAGUUAGUAGGUUAAGGUAGGUAAUGAUAGUCGUAUCUAGUAUGCCCAUAUCCGUAGUACAAUACUGUAAUGGCGGCGGAUUGCACGGAAAGGGAAGCUGUUUCAGUGACAAGAAUAGACGAUCCAAUCAUUUCAGUGAAGUGCUCAAUAAGACCUGUUUAUUGGAAAUGGAAGCAAGAUAGAACACGCAGAGAAGCGUAUCCAUCCCCUGGGCAC